AUGGCCAGUGGACUUGGCAAGAAGAGCAGUAGCAGAUCAGUUGCCACAAAAACGCUUAUUAUUCAGGAGUACAAAAGGCGCCUUCGAGAUAAUAUCCGUUCCCUCAAUGAUAAUUUCAUCAAUAUUUUGAAUGCCACGAAGAUCAACACCGAUGAUGCAGCCCACAAGAACAGCUCGGGAAAAAUGACGGAGUACUACACAAUAAAGAAUGAAAUGGCAGCACGAGCAGCUCUUAUCGUCAGAGCUUGUGACGAACUCUUGAAGUUAACCAACGACCUCAAAGAGUUUUUAAUCCUGCAUGACUUCAACUUUCUUACGCAUGCUAUAAAGUCAGCAGAGGAAGAGUGCGAUAAGAAAAUGAAGGCUCAAAUACAGAAGCACAACGCAAUGCGUCUGGAUGUGACGAAUUUACUCACAGAUAUGGAUAAGGAAAUAAUGGAACAUUUUACGUUCCGGCAUUAG